AUGCUUCCUUUUUUUGUAAAAUAUUUUGGCUUUUUAGUUUUAUUAAUAUUUUUACCUCUUCAAACACAUUCAUUCUUUCAACGUGAAAAGUAUUUAAGUAGUGGGCUUUAUCUUAUAAAUGACGUUGGCUUAGGAAAUAUAUCGGGAACAGUAGCGGCUUUUGCAGAUUUCAAUUCUGAUAAAUAUACAGAUCUAUUAGUGUUAAGUUCAGAUCAAAGGUCUAUAAGUGUUUAUUUGUGGAAUCAUGCGAAUUAUAAAUUUACCAAAGCACCACAUGCAGAUAUAACAAUAUUGCCAAAUGAAGAAAAUAGUUUUAUAAUUACAAAUAUAUUACCGGGAGAUUAUAAUUAUGACGGGAAUUUGGAUAUUUUAGUUAUGGGACAGACCAAUCCAUUAAGUAACAAUAGAAAACAAGAGCCUCUUUUAAUGCGAGUGUAUUUUGGAUAUGAAAAUGACACAUUUAAUCCUAAUUUUAUUAAUGUAAAACCAGCAACAUAUCAACAACCCAUUCCAUUUGAUUUUGAUGGUGAUAUGAAAAUUGAUUUAAUAGGACAUAGUUUUGAUAAUAAUACGAAGCUUUCGAUAUGGCGGAAUAUAUAUAAUGAAACUACACAAGAAUUAUUUGAAGUAGUGCCGUUACCUAUACUGCCUGAUUCUAAUGUUCCACCUUGUACAUUGUCAGAUCCACAUUCUAAUGCUUUCAUUGAUCUUAAUGGUGAUUGCAAGUCAGAUUUGUUUCUUACAUGCCAAGACACUUCUGGAAAAUUAACGUAUCAAAUAUGGACGAAUACGAUGGAUGGUUAUGUAUUUAGCAAGUCUGGCGAUUUACCACAAGGCGUUGGUCAAAUAUCGUUUGCAGAUAUGGAUGGUGAUGGAACAUUAGACAUGGUGUUUCCAGUAUGUAACAACGGAUGCAAGAUUCAUGUAGCAUAUAACAGACAAAUGCCAUUAUGUGAGAAUAAAGAUUCUAAGGAUUGUCGAAAAGCAUCGGAAUUAUGUAUACCGGAUGAUAGUUUCAAUUUUGAUAUGACAACUGAUGCAUCAAAUGGCGGUUAUGUUAUCUUGGAUCUUCAGAGCGAGUUGCCUGCUGGAGAAGAUAUUGUAUUAUUGGAUCCAGAUUUUAACGGAAUUUUACCAAUUUCUCUUCGUAUUGGUGAUUACAAUCUUGAUGGAUAUCCGGAUUUACUCGUGAUUACUUCAAAUUCCAAAGGAUCACAUGUAACAUUGCUAGAAUCAAUUUUAUGUACAAAUCGCAAAUGUUCUUCUUCGGCAGUCGCAUCACAAAAACGAACAUUUAUUAAAGUUAAUGAUGGUGCCCAGCCUCUCAGUGAUAUCAAAAAUGCCAAAAAUGCUGCCUUUCUGGAUCUUGACGAAGAUGGAACAAUGGAUAUUUUAGUACUUACUGCUACUGGUGAUAAAACAGCAUCAAGAGGUGUACGAAUGAUACAUAACAAUUACUUUAAUGAUGCAUUCUUCCUUAAGACUUUAGUUUUAAAUGGGGUGGCACAUAAACAGGUUAGUUAUAGUUUAUUAUUAUUUGUAAAGCGUUAUGGAGUGAAUUAUCCUGGUGCAGAAUUUAAAUUCACUGUACUUGAUACCUCUGGAAGGAAAAGAGCAAAUCAAGUUGCACAAUAUUUCCAAAGUGGAUAUUUGUCUUUACAAACACCAUAUUCACUUUUUGGACUUGGGCGUACAAAUAAUUAUGUUGAAGAAUUAUUUGUUGGAGUUUCAAGAAAUCAGAGUGCAUAUUUUACCAGUUUCGCAGGAGUAAUACCUAAUUCACAACUUAUUAUUAUUCCUUAUCAGCCAGCAGGAGUAUAUGAUACAUCAACAUGGUCAAGAGAGUUAUAUAUUCAUCCAGGUGAUUGGAUACCAUGGGUAUUAUUGAUUUUAGUUAUUGUAACAAUAAUUUUAGCUAUUGUUGUAUUUACAUUAAAUUAUAUUGAAAAGAGAGAAGAUGAAAAUGAAAAAAGAAAGGCUUCAAGAUUUGUUAAUUUCGAUGCUAUGUAA